GCCUCUCGUUCCCUUUCUUCUCGCAUUCCUCAUAACUUACCCAGCUUCCGCCGCUGUCAAAAGAACCUUGGGCAUCCCACAGCACUGACUCGUUUCGUCCUCGUCGUUAACCUGAUACAUUCUGCCGCCGUGGGUUCAUCCUCGCAAGCGAUCUGCAUCUCCUCGGAACCUCGCUCGACCGUUUCCCUCUCGCAUAUCUUUCUUCUGCCAGAUCCCGUUCCUCAAGAUGGUGCUUGCAGCAGCCUCAGAAUCGCCAUGAUACCUCCAACCCCCUCUGCCACCGUCCCUCCUGACAGCUCUGCGGCACAACUUCUUCGCCGCGGGAAACCAUUUGUUGAGUUUCCGAGAUUCAGCAUUCUGUCCUUGCAAGACGAGAAAGACCGUGAUGGCAACCGUAUACCUUUCUCAGAAUGGUUGACCAAACGUCUGCAGCUUGGCCUGCCCUUCGUCAUCGCCGACUUUGACAAGCUUGAUACCUGGCCGGCCUCGGAUACGCGCCAGGGUAGUCAGCCAGGAUUCAGCAUUGAAAGGCUGAUCGAGCUGAGCACGAAGAAGAACAUUCCUAUACGCAACUGCAGCACAGGACGAGACCUCUCGUUCACAUUGAAGAAAUUCGCAGACAGUGCGCGGCAGUCAUAUCCCGAGUUUCAGAAUCUGUACGCAAGGGACCUAGGUUGCCCCCAAGAAUGGCUGGAACAAUGUCGCAAGAUUCUCCCGACUGAAGUGCAAUGGGGCGGGAGACUGGAUCUUUUCCAAUGGCUACCUCAAUGCGCAAGGAGCGAAGUCAUGAUGGCCUAUGUCGGCAGUGAAGGGAGCAGCUCAGGCUUUCACCGGUGCUUCUCGAGCACAGUGGCUCUCAAUCUGCUUGUUGAAUCGGACGAUCGUCCGGUUGUCUGCAUCGGGACAGACUUCGAUUCGCAGAAGAAAUAUGACUCCUUCAUCUCCGCUCGAGGAGCUUCACCCCAUCUAGAUUGGCUGAAUGUAGGAACACAGGAGCUGCUUGAGGCUGAUUUCCCAUUAUAUGUCUACGAUCAGCGAGUGGGCGAUUUGGUCGUUUUCCCACCAGCGACCGCCCAUCAGGUCUGGAAUCCAUCGACACUUUCAGCCAAGCUUGUAUGGAACAUUCUUCAUCCUCUGUCUCUUGAAGUCGGCUUUCAGUGUGUGCAGGUGCCUUUCAAUCGCUUGUGCCAUCCGGAUGUUGCUCGAACCAAUCUAUCCCUGGCCUGCGCCAUGCUAUCCCUCCUCCAAGACAACCAAAGCGUGACGAACGCGUCGCUGCCACUCCCACCAGACCUACCUCUACUCUCCCGGUUAUUCCGGCAGAUGGUCCAUGACGAGUCACUCGAUACACAACCAGUCACUCCUAUCAGCUUAGUGCCUAUCCAAACUGGAACAAUUGCGACGUGCAAUUUUUGCAGUACCGCGAUCUGGAACCGUCACGUCCGUUGCACGGUAUGCACAGAUUUUGACCUCUGUCUGCUUUGUUACCUUAAUGGUCGCUCUUGUGAGCAUGCCCAGUCAUAUGCUUGGGCUGAGCUAGUACCUGCCGAGCAAUGUACAAGAGUGCUCAACCGAGCUCGGGAGAUCCUAGGGUUCCAGCCCGAGGAACCUCGGGUCUUGGAUCGCUGUAAGACUCUCGGAUCGGCUGUCAAUGACCUGAUACGAGCCAAAAAUUCACCAUCUACCAGGCUCUGCCAUCUUUGUCGGAUCGAUCAUCAAGAAUGGAAGGGCCGUCGCUGCGAUAAGUGUACGGCCUUUUUCUGUUACAGGGGGCUCUUCCGCCAUUUUGACCAAUAUCCGCCCGACGUCCUGCGGCACAAAGGCAUUUGGGUAUGUCCGAAGUGUGAAGAAACAUGUAAUUGUCGUUGCUGUCAUUUCGCAACGGCGUAUCUGAAGAGUGAGAAGCCAGCCAGUAAAAGGAGGGUCAAAGCGUCUGACACAAGAGGCAAAGUGAUGGGCUUUGCGGACAAUGUCUUUGACCAGCGACGGGCACGGAGGGAAAGCAAUCCCAGUGGCGCCGGAAACACCACUUUGCCCGGUGUGGCUCAGCUCACAGGCAAAAAGCGGACAAUCUCUUCUGUGGACGAUCCAGGCCCGGCGACGCCUUUGCGAAAGAUCGAGCUGCCUACUCCAGAACCCGACUUCUCGAGUCAUUCGAGACUGGCUCUUUCCAGAGAAGGCUCGGAUUUUGUGCUGGACGCCUUUGGCAGCAUCAACGGGAAUUUGCCAACUCUAUUGCCGAGCAUGAAGACUUUCCCAGAUGGGCCUGACUUUAUGGCGAGUCCCACUGACGAGAGACACUUGAGGGUGAGUAAUUCUCCUGGGAUCGCUUCGCUGGCAUCAACCACCAUCGGCAAUGGACGUGGGCCUGCCAAUUUCCAAUCUGCCCAGAACAACACUCUCCCGCCAAUGCUUGGACGCACUGCUCAAAAUGGUAUGUUUAUCCCGCAGCACAGCUCGAGCGGUGUUUUGAGUACUCCAAGCACUGUUCCAGCGACAUCUCCGACCAAGUCAGUUGCUCGAAACGAUGCGGAGACACCAACAGCCGCUCUCGACGCCUCAAUCGUGGAGUUGGAGUCACAGCUGCGGAAUCUCACCAGGUACGAUGGGGAGUUUAUUGCAUUGAAUUUGGAAGACAGUCGGAAGGUACUGGCUACCCAGGUGGCUGAACUGGAGAGCCAGAUAAAGUCAAAAAAGCGCGAAAAGAGUCUGGUCUUGAUUGAGAGGCUAAAAAGGGAAGGAUUUGGUGGGCUUGCGGCUGUGGUGGGUAAGGAGGUAGGAUUGGGCAUCGAUGGCAUGGGCAAUGGGAGUGUAUAGUGCCCCAGAGCUUCGUGUACAUGGCAUUUGGAAGGGUCGCUGUUAUCGGACGGAGCACAUAAGGUGAGACAGACGUCUUGAGCGAGCAUUCUGCAUCACACCAUUGACGUGGAGUAAUCACGACAGCACGGGCUGGAAUUUUGUGGUCUUGCCACAGUUGUCUCAUUUCUGUAUAUGCCGAGGUAUUGGUUUAUAAAUGGCUGAAUGAAGGCGUCUUCAUCUCCUGGACGAGGAUGAAGGAAUGUGACGGUUUACAUAUACCCCAAUGCUGCAUGUGAAGUUGGCAUAUCUGCAUGUAUUUAUAUCUCUGCAACAAGUAGGGAAUAGCCUGUACUAUGUACAAUGAGG